AAGCGUAUGAGUAAGACGCUCAGCUGCAACCUGGACAAACAGAGCGAGUCAGCUGGGAUCUCCAGGGCUUUGGCCAUCCCACUGAGAUUUGGAUUUGCUGCUGGGUACGUCAAGGGGUGCAGAGUGGGAAGGCAGGACCAUGUGGCUGUCUGCAGCUCUGCUUCUUCUCAGUUUCCCAGGUUGCCUCUCCAUCCAAGGCCCAGCAUUGGUGAGGGGUACAGAGCAGGGGUCAGUGACUGUGAGAUGCCGCUAUAGCUCAAGAUGGCAAACCUACAAGAAGUGGUGGUGUCGAGGAGCACACUGGAACACAUGCAGUAUCCUCAUCCAAACCACGGGAUCGGAGAAAGAAAUGAAGAGUGGCCGGCUGUCCAUCAAGGACAAUCAGAAAAAUAACUCAUUCCAGGUUACCAUGGAGAUGCUCAAGCAAAAUGACACGGACACUUACUGGUGUGGUAUCAAAAAAUUUGGAACUGACCUUGGGACCAGGGUUAAAGUGCAUGUUUACUCAGUGGGUAAAGAUACCAUGUCAACUUCUAAGCAACUUUCCUGGCCCACUGUGGACAGCAGUGCAGACUUGGUGUCUUCUGACUUGCAGAAGAGGAACCAUUACAUGCUCCUGGUAUUUGUGAAGGUGCCUGCCUUGCUCAUCUUGACUGGUGCUGUCCUCUGGCUGAAGCGGUCAACUCAGAAGGUCCCUGAGGAGCAGUGGAGACACAGUCUCUGUAAUGAUUUGGACUCUGAACUUCUGGCUAAAGACAUUUCUCCUUAGACUGAUGGAUAGGCAGAGCCUUCCCAUUCUGGACUCUCAUUCCAGAGGGGACCACAACCAGGGAAGAAGCAUCCUUAAAUUGUCGGUGAGCAGUGACUGAGGGCUGGUGCCUGGAGGGCUCAGCCAGGCAUGACCUGCACUUGACACAGCAUGGGACCACAGUUCAGGCCCUUCCUGAGGUAGCAUCACACCUACAUGACCAGCACCUCGCUCUCCCUUUACAUCCUCAUCAGCCCUACCCCAUCAACCCACCAUAGUCAGCCCAGGGUGAGAACCAAUGGAACACAGCCCAAGCUGCAGAAAGACAACUAUGUGUGCCCUGCUGAAAAAGCUUGUGCAGAGCCUGGGACAGAAGCACAGAGAAGCAGAAGGGACCAGUGAGGUGGCUAGGUCACCUAUCCUAUGACUCUGUCAUAGAAAACUCUGUGAAAGCGGAGCAAGUGUUCAUUCUCUGUGUUCUGGACCCUGAGCCCGCCCCUAGCAUGCACUUCUGAGGAAAGGUGAGGGGCAAUACCUGCCUGACAGGCCCUGGGUCUGGAUUGUGGAGAACUUAGGAAGCCAUGACUUAGUCACAGGAACUGUGGCUGUGUUUCCCAGCAGGUGUGUUUUGCUCCAGAGCCAGGGGCAGAAGGCUGCACAGCCUUAAACAGAUCUUCGGACUACACAGACUCACGACAUGCUGGCUUUGAGCAAAGGUUAGCCAGGAGAGAAGAGCAGAGAGCUCAGGAGGCAGAGAGAGCCAUAUGUCUUCCCACUUGGAUCCUCCCCAUGGCCCGCACUGCAUACAUCGGCACUGCAGAGGAACCAAGCCAAGGGUAGCUCAUAGAGUAACUACCAAGAGCACAAACCAGGAAAGUAGAGGCCACAAGAAUGGUCCCCUUAUCACAGGGUUCUCCUGCCUUUAACUGUAGUUGGGAGUCGGGGAGAAACUUAACCAUGAACUCUGCCUUUUAUAAGGUGCAUCCAUUGUACAGCACAGAGCUGACAUGCACAUUGCAAAGACAUCCUAUCACUAGAACAGUCUCAUCUUGCAAGACACAGACUCUAAGCCUACUGAGCAAGGCCUCCCUCCACCCCUGCCACACCCCCACCACUUCAGCUCACCAGGCCCUGUCUAACACCAUCUAACUUUUUGCCCUUGGGAGUUUUGCUAAGGCACCUGAGAGGAAUCAUAAGGUGUUUGUCAUCCUGGGAUUGCUUUACCUUAGCUAGCACCAGUCACGUCCCCAAGGACCAUCCACCUUCCAGCGGGUGACAGAGCUCCUCGUGUUAAAUGAUGAAAAGCACCCCUGUGUGGACCUGGCACACCCUCAUCCUCCUCUCAUUUACUCACCUGUGUUUUGGUUGUUUCCGUUCUUGGUCUUUGUGGAUAGUGUUACAAUGAGAGUGAGUGUAUCAGUCUCAUGUUGAGAUGCUGUCUCCAGUUCUCUUGCAUAUGAUUGUGAUGGUUAAUCUUGAUUGUUGGUUUUGCGGGGCUUAGAAUCACCUGGGAGACACACCUCCAAGCCUCUCUGUGAAGGUGCUUCUGAAGAAGUUUAACUGGGGAGGGAUGACCCACUCUGAAUGUGGACACUCACCAUCCCGUAGUCCGGGGUCUCAGGCUGAAUAAAAAAGGAGGGAAGAGAUAAAGCAAACCAAGCACCCAUUGGUCCAUCUCUCUUUCCUUCCUCAGAACAAAA